AUGUUCAAACUGGUAACUUUGGCACUCGCCUGCGCGGCUUUCGUCUCUUCUCAGACUGCCACUUGGAACCCAUGGGAUCCGUACACCACAGACACCCCCGGAUACCAAGCCUCGACUCCCCCACCAACCCCAGGAGGUACCAACGUGGAUCGUGAAUGCGGAGGAGACCUCGCGAACCUUUGGCUCGACGUCGUCGUCGUUGUCGAUAACUCCAAGGGAAUGACUGCCGAAGGAAUCACUGAAGUCGCUGCAAACAUCGCUACAGUUUUCGGAAACGGAACAAAGAUCGGAACUCAGUACACGGAUCCAAGAUCCACUCGUCUUGGUUUGGUCACCUAUAACGGACAGUCGACCGUCGUUGCUGAUCUUAACGCCAUUCAGUCCAUCGAUCAGUUGUACAGCACUGUGUUCUCCGCGUUGAGCUCUGUGAGCACAUCGGAUGACUCGUACUUGGCUAGAGGAAUCGGAGCUGCGGAGAUGGUUUUGCAGCAGGGCAGAAAUAAUGGAAUCCGUUCCAACUACAAGAGAUUGGUUGUUGUUUAUGCCUCGGCUUACAAGGGAGAAGGAGAACUUGACCCAAUUCCAGUCGCCGACCGUUUGAAGGCAUCUGGAGUCGUUGUCUCCACUGUCGCUUUCGAUCAAGACGGAGAUGAGGCUCUUCUCGCUGGACUCACCAACAUCGCCUCUACCAACUACGCCUACACCUCCAAGGAUUUGAACCUCGUCGGAGAGCUUCAAGGAGUCGCUCUUCAGACCAACUGCUUCUGCCCCAACUUGUGGACCCAAUACAAGGCCAACUUCGAUGACGAGAACUCUUACAAAUACGGAGUUUGCAUCCGUUCAGCCACCAUUUCCUCAUCCUGGACCGCCGCCAAGUUCGCUUGCCAGAACCUCGCCAAGAACGGAUUCCUCGCUACCGAGUUUGACGGACAGAAGCACAACUUCAUGUUCAAGGUCGCCAGAAACAACACCGCUUUCUCCGCCCCAUACAUCUAUCAUAUCGGUUUGAGCUACGUCAAUGGAGGAUGGAACUGGCAACAGCCAGCUGGAUAUGCUCUUAAGCCACUUGUCGGCUACUCGUCCUGGAAUCCAUCGUACCCAAAACAAUUCUCCAGUAACAUCGGUGUCGUCAAUCAACAAUUCAGCUCGGAUUUGACUGUCGGAUGGCAGAAUAUCAACGGAUACAGUGUCGCUGAGUACUACAUGUGCGAAGUCGCCUCGUGUGAUACACAGAACUAUUGCGCAUAA